UUGCAUGGGUUAACAGCUACGAGUACAAACCACAAUGUUUGUGACUUUGUGUGCAACAUCACAUAGAACACUAGCAAGCCGACUCCCAUCGCCGUGAAAAAUUCAAGUGCAAAAGUUCACCGGCGAGGCGGCGACAGCGCUCGCUCACUCCGAUUGCAUCCCUACUCCACGCCGUCUCUGCCCUCCACCGUCUCGAUGCCUCCACGCCUCCCCUCCCCCGCCCUCUCCGCCCACAUACGCACGCUCUCCGCCGCCCCGGCAUCCGCCGCCCGGGCCGGUGCCCCCCACCUGCUCGACGGAGUGCCGCGCCCGGACCGCCUCGGGCGGCUCCCGCCCGAGCUCGCGGGCUUCGUCCGCUCGCGCGCCGCGGGGCACACGCCCAGCCAGUUCGCCUACGGGAACGCGCUCGCGGCCUGCACCCCGGCCGCCGGGGCGGGCAGCGUCGCCUUCGCGGAGCAGCUCUACUGCGCCGCCUGGAAGGACGGGCUCGCGGGCGACGCCUACGUCUGCAGCGGCAUGGUCGACCUGCUUGCCAAGAGCGGCCGCCUCGGGGACGCGCUCAGGGCGUUCGCGGACGGCGACCGCGGGAGCGCGGUCUGCUGGAACGCGGUCAUCUCCGGGGCGGCGCGCAACGGCGAGCACGGGCUCGCCGUCGAGAUGUUCGGCGACAUGGCGUGGGGCUCCUGCGAGCCCAACUCGUUCACUUACUCCGGGGUCCUCAGUGCCUGUGCGGCGGGCGCGGAGCUGUGCGUCGGGAAGGCAGUGCACGGGCUGGUGCUUCGGCGUGACCCCGAGUACGAUGUGUUCAUUGGGACGGCGAUCGUCAACAUGUACGCGAAGUCGGGUGAUAUGGUCGCUGCCAUGAGGGAGUUCUGGAGGAUGCCCGUCCGGAAUGUGGUUUCCUGGACCACCGCGAUCGCUGGUUUCGUGCAGCAGGAGGAGCCACUAGGUGCUGUUCGGCUGCUCAGAGACAUGGUCCGGGGCGGCGUGUCUAUCAACAAAUACACAGCUACUAGCAUCUUGCUCGCCUGCUCCCAGAUGCACAUGAUACGAGAGGCUAGCCAGAUCCAUGGAAUGAUCAUAAAGACAGAGCUGUACUUGGAUUACGUUGUCAAGGAGGCUUUGAUCUGCACAUACGCUAAUAUUGGGGCUAUUGAUUUGUCCGAGAAGGUGUUCGAAGAAGUUGGCAGAGUAAGCAACAAAAGUAUCUGGUCAACUUUCAUAUCUGGGAUUAGUAGCCAUAACCUACCGAGAUCAAUUCAGCUAUUAACGAGGAUGUUUCGUCAGGGUCUAAGACCAAACGACAAAUGCUAUGCUUCUAUUUUCAGUUCUGUGGACUCAACUGAGCUUGGAAGGCAGCUGCAUUCGCUGGUUAUAAAAGAUGGGUUUGUUCAUGGUGUCCUUGUGGGCAGUGCACUCUCCACCAUGUACUCUAGAUGUGGUGAAAUGGAAGAUAGCUGCAAGGUCUUCGAAGAAAUGCAGGAACGGGAUGAAGUCUCAUGGACUGCAAUGAUUGCUGGUUUUGCAUCUCAUGGCCAUUCAGAUGAGGCAUUCCGACUGUUCAGGAAUAUGAUUCUUGAUAAUCUAAAGCCUGACCAUGUGUCGUUAUCUGCCAUUCUUUCAGCUUGUAAUGGACCAGAAUACUUGCUUAAAGGGAAGGAAGUUCAUGGACAUAUUCUUCGUGUCUAUGGAGAAACUACGUCUGUUAGCACUUGUUUGGUUUCCAUGUAUUCCAAAUGUCGAGAAGUACAAACAGCUAGAAGAAUUUUCGAUGCAACUCCAUGCAAAGAUCAGGUCAUGUUGUCUUCAAUGGUAUCUGGAUACUCUACAAAUGGUUGCACUGACGAGGCAAUCUCACUAUUUCAGCUUAUGAUGGCAGCUGGUUUUCAGAUAGAUAGGUUCAUAUGCUCAUCUAUCCUUAGCCUAUGUGCUAACAUAGCAAGACCGCUCUAUGGAAAACUAUUACAUGGGUAUGCAACUAAGGCAGGAAUACUGUCUGAUCUAUCAGUAAGUAGUUCACUUGUGAAGCUGUACUCCAAAAAUGGCAACCUGCAUGAUUCUCGUAAAGUUUUUGACGAAAUAAAUUCCCCGGAUUUAGUUACUUGGACAGCUAUAAUUGAUGGAUAUGCUCAGCAUGGAAGCGGUCAGGAUUCUUUGGAGAUGUUUGAUUUGAUGAUUAGGCGUGGAGUGAAACCAGAUAAUGUUGUACUAGUGAGUAUUUUAUCUGCUUGCAGCCGUAACGGUUUAGUUGAAGAAGGCUUUAACUACUUUAAAUCUAUGAGAAACGUGUAUGGGCUUGAGCCUGUGUUACAUCACUACUGUUGUAUGGUUGAUUUACUUGGUCGAUCUGGGAGGCUUGCAGAGGCAAAAAGUUUUAUUGAGAGUAUGCCUAUGAAGCCUGACUUGAUGGUAUGGAGCACACUGCUUGCUGCUUGCAGAGUUCAUGAGGAUGCUGUACUUGGACGAUUUGUAGAAAAUAAGAUACGUGAAGAUAAUUAUGACCCAAGCUCUUUUGCAAUGCUGUCAAACAUUCUAGCAAACUCUGGAGACUGGGAGGAAGUAGCGAGAGUCAGAAAAUCAUUAAAGAGCAGCAAGAAAGAGCCUGGAUUGAGUAUGGUGUAAAGUGAAAUGGUCAAAGAGUUCUAUAAAUAAAACAGGAAUGCAGCACAGUACAUUGACUGAGAUGAAAUAAUGACAUCAUCUCGGGGAGUUCUGAGAAGAGCGCCAGUUGGUUACAUCUAUUGGACAUCUCUCGGAGAGGCAGGGGGACAAUUGAGAGAUUCACAUGGCACAUUGGAUAUCCAAUCAUCUGAAGAAUGUACCCCCAAAUCAAAGGGGAAUUUUACUUUGGGCGGAACUCCAUACUCAUUGCCUGUAUUGUGUCCAUUGUCAGGUUUUCUUGUAUAUGGAUCUUCGUCCCUAUUUCCAAUACCUUCAUUUGUGUCUAUAACCCAAUCAACUGCAUACCC